UUGAAUUUUAUAAAUUAUCGUUAUUGUGCUAAUAAAACAUUUUGAUGCAUAGAUGGAUUGCUUUUGAUAUUUUCUGCGCGAACAUUUGCAAACUAUUUUUUGCGCGACAAUGAGACUUCCGCCGGAAGAACGAGAAUAAUGCUGCAAACCAAGGUAGUCGGUUGAAUAAAAUCUAUCGUACAUUACGAAAUGGAAUCUGUCGGAGGGAUCAGUUUAGAAUAUGUUUUAAACCGAGUCAGUCGACUGUAGAAAAUGUCUCUUUUGUUUAUAUUGUUGUAUCUUACUCUUGCAUUAAACGUUACCGGACAAUCGCUGAGCAUCUUGAGCGAAAUCUAUUCGAGCAAUCCGAUCAAUUGUCCGAACGAUAAGACAUGCACUUUUGUCGAUCACUGCCCGGUUAUUUUAAAUUUGAUGAACGAGAAUCUGCUUCCAAUUCAUAGAUUUCGUCAAGCGAUCUGCGGUUACGAGAGCACUAGACCAAAGGUGUGCUGUGAUCUGGACAGCAAUAUCGCAAACCCAACUUUUACGCUAGAAGAUGGUGCACUCUUCACGAGGUCAAAUUCGAUUUCAGAAUGUGGUAAAAGCUUCGUUCAAAGCACCAUCAACGCUGCUGGAGUGUACCCUUUUGUUGCAAGGAUUGGCUUUAUAAGUACAACAGGAGAAAUAAAAUAUCCCUGUACAGGUGUAAUCUUGAACAAACGUACAAUACUGACCACUGCUAGUUGCGCUCUCGCAAACUCGGACGACUAUAAAUUAUAUUCAAUUACCGUUGGAGAAUAUAAUGCUGAGACCGAUCGUAAUUGCAAUACCCAGACAAGUAAUAUAUCGUACGUAAUAAAACAUCCAAAUUACAAAGCUGACACUUUUAUGAACAAUAUAGCGAUGUUACGUUUGAAAGAACCGAUUGAAUACACUGCAACUGCGCAGCCCAUAUGUCUUCCUCCAGACGAUAGAUACUUAAAUCGGAGUAUUAAUUCUGUUCUUGUUGGAUGGGGAAAAUUAGCCGGUCAAACUACCAAGCCUUGCCAACAACAGUCUUUGAUAAUGAGAAUUAUGUCCACUAACGAAUGUUCGAGUCACUAUGGUCAAGGAUUCUCCGUUGAAUUAUGCGCAGCAGGAAACGAAGCACCUUGUUCAGGUUAUAGCGGAAGCCCGCUUUUAUUUAAAUACAACGACACGUAUUUCUUGGUAAGAAUGAUAAUACAUUUUUUCAUUUUUGUAACCGUAAUAUAUUUACAAAAAGAUCAUGUACAUUUAUCGUUUCUUUACAAAGUAAUAACAACAUUGGUAUGUAAUUUUUAG